UCUCACUAAAUAAGGACUCGUAAUCAAUUCUCACCCUCCCACACUUGUUUCGCUCGAACAUUCUUGAAUCUGGUGUAAUAGACACUAGAAGAGAAGCUUUUUUCAAACUACAUAAACAGAAGGAACACUCGGCCGCAGUUCACUUAACUCUUGCUCUUAAUUCUUACUUUCUGAUAUUGUUGCUUACCGUUUCUCAUCUAAAGCUUUAACAAUGCCGGCCCCUGAUAUCUUGGGCGACCGCCAAUCUGGCCAAGACGUCCGCACUCAGAAUGUGGUUGCAUGUCAAGCAAUCGCCAAUAUAGUUAAAUCUUCUCUGGGUCCUGUUGGUCUCGACAAGAUGUUGGUUGAUGACAUUGGAGAUGUCACAAUCACGAAUGAUGGUGCUACCAUUCUUAAGAUGUUGGAAGUUGAGCAUCCUGCUGCUAAGGUGCUUGUGGAGUUGGCUGAACUCCAAGACAAAGAAGUUGGAGAUGGAACAACUUCUGUGGUUAUCUUUGCAGCAGAGUUGCUUAAGAAGGCCAAUGAGUUGGUGAGAAAUAAGAUUCAUGCAACAUCUAUAAUAAGUGGAUUUAGGCUUGCUAUGAGGGAAUCGUGCAAGUAUGUUGAUGAGAAACUUUCGGUUAAGGUUGAAAAGCUAGGCAAAGACUCACUUGUAAAUUGUGCGAAGACAUGCAUGUCAUCGAAGUUGUUAGCUGCAGACAGUGACUUCUUUGCAGCCUUGGUAGUGGAUGCAGUGCAGUCGGUGAAGAUGACAAAUGCGCGUGGUGAAGUAAAGUAUCCUAUCAAGAGCAUCAAUAUUCUUAAAGCUCACGGGAAAAGUUCAAAGGAAAGCUAUUUAUUGAGAGGCUAUGCUCUUAAUACAGGCCGCGCUGCCCAAGGAAUGCCUAUUCGUGUUGCUCCAGCCAAGAUUGCUUGUCUUGACUUCAACCUCCAGAAAACUAAAAUGCAAUUAGGUGUUCAAGUUUUAGUCAAUGAUCCAAGAGAACUUGAGAAAAUCCGUCAAAGGGAAGCAGACAUGACCAAAGAGCGUAUUGAAAAACUAUUAAAAGCUGGAGCUAAUGUUAUAUUGACCACUAAAGGCAUUGAUGAUAUGGCACUCAAGUACUUCGUUGAGGCUGGUGCAAUUGCUGUUAGACGUGUUCGAAAGGAGGAUAUGCGUCAUGUAGCCAAGGCCACUGGUGCAACAAUGGUUUCUACUUUUGCUGAUAUGGAAGGGGAGGAAACUUUUGAUUCUUCACUUCUUGGACAAGCAGAAGAAGUUGUAGAGGAGCGUGUGGCUGAUGAUGAUGUCAUCAUGAUCAAGGGAACGAAAACAACCAGUGCGGUUUCAUUGGUCUUGAGGGGCGCAAAUGACUACAUGCUUGAUGAGAUGGAAAGAGCUUUGCAUGAUGCUUUGUGCAUUGUUAAGAGAACCCUUGAGUCUAAUACGGUAGUAGCUGGUGGUGGUGCGGUUGAGGCUGCAUUAUCUGUGUACUUGGAGUACCUAGCUACAACAUUAGGAUCAAGGGAGCAAUUGGCAAUUGCAGAAUUUGCUGAAGCCUUGCUUAUUAUACCUAAGGUGCUUGCUGUAAAUGCUGCAAAGGAUGCCAUUGAGCUUGUUGCCAAACUUCGAGCUUACCAUCAUGCUGCACAGACUAAGGCUGACAAGCAGCAUUUGUCAAGUAUGGGAUUGGAUUUGUACAAGGGCAGUGUUCGUAACAAUCUGGAAGCUGGAGUCAUUGAGCCCGCAAUGAGCAAAGUCAAAAUCAUUCAGUUUGCGACAGAGGCGGCUAUCACAAUUCUUAGAAUAGAUGACAUGAUCAAGCUCGUUAAGGACGAGAGUCAGAAUGAUGAGUAGAGGAAUUGUUAUGUUUGAUGGGAGCUGCUAAAUGCUUGGGCGCGUCAACAGUUUUGGAUUUGUACUUGGUUUCUCGUUCUUUUUGUUAGAUUGUUUCCAGACAAGAUAAACCAGCCUGCCUAGUUUUUAUGUUUAGAGGGAAAGUUGAUAUUGUAUUUAUUGCUGCAUUAUCUGUUCAAUUACGAUUUAUUGUUCUCGUGCUCAAUUUUCUUUACUCUCUUAGUCUCGACUCUUGAGUUGAGUCCUAUGACCUAUCAAACGGAUCAGCACAAAUAUCAACUAUUUUAAUUGUCGGGAGAAUCAUCAUCAUCAUAUCCAGUGUUUUCUGUUCAUAGAAACUAUAAGUAAGGUCUGGGGAGGGAAACAAAACAACAACCCAUACAUAUAAAGAAGGAUGUCGGUCAAAGAGUCCCCCAGCUCAAGAUAAAUCUUCCGAAAAUAUUUUUCUUACAGCUACUUGUAAACUUGCAUCUUAUACCAUAAGUUACCUUUGAUAAAAAUUAAUAAAUAAAUAUAAAUAAGAAAAAUA